AUGGUGGCGGAUCCGAUGGAUGAGAUAAGUAGGUUUUUAACGAGUGUGUCUGACUUAGUUGAAGAAGAAUGUCGAACGACAAUGCUCCAUGAUAACAUGAACAUCUCCAGGCUUAUGGUGUAUGCCCAACAAAUUGAGGAGUCAAAAUUCAAGAGAAAGAAUAGGGAGGUAAAAAGGGCUAGAACCGGUGAAGGGAAUUUCUCUAAUGAUAAGUCCGAUGGGCAAGGUAGACCUAAGUUUGAACAAAGUUAUUCCGGUCAAGAUCCUUCCAAUACCCCUAGGUUUAACCAAGAGAAAGGUAGUAGGUCUCCAUUGCUUAAGCCUACCUGCACCAAAUGUGGAAAGAAUCACCAUGGGAAGUGCCUAGCCGGUAUGGACGGUUGCUAUGGUUGUGGAAAGAGUGAUCAUCAAGUGAAACAUUUCCCUACACUCACGGCAAAAGGAAGAGAUGUCAAGAAAGCUUCUCUUAGUGAUCUGGUUCCCAUUCCUCCAAAUUAUGGUUGCUUAUAUGCACUCUGGUCUAGAGAGGACAAGAGAGUCUUUCCGGAUGAAAGCAUCGAUAUGUUGAUAGUUCCCUUUAGAUGA